GGGCGCGCGCACACAGGACACAGAGCUGCAUCUGUUGAAGGCGCGCUCUGUCCACCCUGCUCCGACCACAGCCAACCGACAGUUGACGGAAGUCGUCGAACGGAGCCGAACAGAGCCGAACGCGACACAUCCAAAUUGAAGCUAUAAAUUGAACACCUAAAAGCUGACAAGCGACGAGAGUUAUAUCCAUAUAACUUUUUGAUACCAGCUAACACGGUGACAACACAGCAGGGAUGACGGCUCUAAGCAGCUGGGAGCUGUGCGUAAAGUACGCCCUCUUCAUCUUUAAUUUCGUCUUCUGGCUGGCAGGUACAGGGGUGCUGGCUGUGAGCCUGUGGCUGCGAUUUGACUCGAGGACAGUAGGACUGUUUGAAAGUGAGGACUCACCUACAGUCUUCUUCACUGGUGUGUACAUCCUGAUUGCGGCGGGGGCUCUGAUGAUGGUCGUGGGCUUCCUGGGAUGCUGCGGAGCCAUUAAAGAGUCGCCGUGCAUGCUGGGAUUGUUUUUCCUCUUCCUGCUCCUCAUCUUUGCUGUGGAAGUUGCUGCUGGGAUCUGGGGCCUCUCCAACAAGGACAGGGUGGUGGAGGACGUUACGGAGUUCUAUAAGCAGACCUACAACAACUACAAAGACACCAAACAGGAUGCGCUGAAGGAGACUCUGCGUCUCAUCCAGUUUGGACUGGGCUGCUGCGGCCCCACCGGGACGGUGAUUGAUGCUGCCAAAGAUAUCUGCCCCCAGCAGGAAGGACUGGCGGUCCUCAUCACCAAGAGUUGUCCGGCUGCCAUCGACGAGAUGUUCAACAACAAACUGCACAUUAUUGGCGGGGUCGGCAUCGGUAUCGGUGUCAUCAUGAUCUUUGGGAUGAUCUUCAGCAUGAUGCUCUGCUGUGCCAUUAAGAAGUCCAGAGACUUUGUCUGAACAACCCCCCCCCCCCCCCCCCCCCCCCCCCCUUCCCAUCUUUAACUUAUGUCCUUACUUUAACAACCUUUCCUUUUUGAGAUUAUAUCAGUUUAAUAAUAACGCUCGUCCCUUUAGUUUACUGAUCGGGUCCAUACGGGAUGAACACACCUGUGAGAGUAUGGGACCCUCUUAAUGUUUUGGCUCUUUUCCACUCUGGGCACACAUGUAAUCUCCCUACAGAGGAAUGUGGACAACGUUUUUAUUUAUUUUUAUUUUUAUUCUGGUACACAACAUAACAAAUGUACAUCGGACUUUUCAUCACAACACAGAACUAGUCGAUCUGAAGG